GCGGACCACCUUUUGGCUCUUCUCUUUUUUUUCAUCGUGCAGUGUCUGUGACACAUUAUCAACACCGAGAUGUCUUCGUUUUCGAGCCAUUGAGAAGUGUCGUAGUGGCUCUGCCGCCGUCACCGCUGCCACCGCCUCCUCGGGGUGGCAGUCGAUGGCGAUGCGAUGCUCUGCGCCCUGUGGUUACUGGCCAGGCGUUGUUCUGCGUUUUGCAGCGGGCUUGCAGGCGUCUUACCUUUCAGAUGGGAUUCGAGGCCAUCUCAGCUCACCGGGCAUCAUCAACUCAAGGUGGCCACAUUGGGACACGUUUUUGACGAUGGAUGUAUUUGGCAGAACCUUACGCACAAGAGGCCAAGGACCCGCCCAACAGCGUCCUGUCCUGCAAGACGAGUAGCUUCCUCAAUUGAUAUGCCGUUUGAUCCUGUCAUGGACCGGCUUGGGGAUGUGUGCCACGGCUUGCAGCGGAGACGACCAUCGGGUCCGCUUUAUGUUCCCCUGGAGCUCGUGAGGUCAAAGAACGAAAACGUUUCAAAUUCCCAGAAGCUGUGCUAUCCACUCUCAUAUCCCAAAAAUUUCGAGAUUGUUGCACGACUUAUAGAAGCAUCGCGAUUGUGGCACCACAGGAAACCAGUUUGCCAACGGACUUGCGAAAAGAUUCUAGACCAGCUGACAAGUUGGACGAGCCGUCAUCAUUCGAGCGGAUUUGUAUACCUCCUAAGAGGCUGACGGUCUUUACCACCGCGGCCUCGCGAAGUGGCUCAUUUUAAGGCGAGCCACCGCCCGAGGAGAGACGUCCAACUAUCCUCGAGGCCGAGAAGCUAGGCGAAAAUACUAAGACGCGGAAGGCUGAGCGCCAGUUACAAUUGGAUUACCGAGCUGUCAGCAACAAACGUCAAACUCCUAUAGCACAGUUAUCAAGUUGAAGGGUGAUUGUGGAGGAAGGCGAGGUUGAAAGAAUUUGCUGAUACUUGUGUACAGGGAGUCGUUGAAGACUCAGGGGCAAGAAACAAGCGAGCGAGAAGAUAGAUCAAUAAGAAAGUGGAAAGAAAGAGAGAGCGGUAACAAAUUAAAAUCAACGAAGGCAAAAAAGAAAAACAACAGAGUCGAUAUUUCAGCGUCAGCCUGGGCUGGAGUCGACGCAGCAGAGUCUCAACGAGAAAUACAAAUUGGGUGGUAUUCCACCUGGGAUUCUCAAAGUCAACCUACAGCUGAAUCUGAGUCACAGCUAAUCAGGUACUUUUGCUUUCCUUGCCCCUCACCUUGCCCCUUCGUCUCUCUGCAUAUGGCGGCUCUCUGGGUCCUGGGCGGGGUACAAAUGCUUACUAUACGGUGCGGGUCAUGAUCAAGUUAUAGUGUGCAAAGGCGUGUUUGAAGUAUUUAGAGUCUGCAUUAAACACUGCGGGACUCGGAUUCUGAGUUUGACUUUCUUUCUCAUUCUGUUCCUUUCUCAUUCUGUUCCUUUCUCAUAUGCUUCUGCUACUGCUUCUGGAGUAGUCAUUACAGUAUUGUGUUGUGCUUGUACCUUUUCAUGCCGUUGUAGGUGCCAGGCGCUCCAGCUCUCGGUGGAGUCACCUCGUACCUGCCGCAUCACCCUGUGGUAUCCAAAUUGACAGGAACCCUGGAACUGGAUACUUGAAAGGUUGACGGUUAGAUUGAACGGUGGGCUGGGUACCUAUGUAUCUCACCUCCCAAUUUAUGUGACCUGCCUCUUGGCUACCUUUGCCCAGCCAACCUCAACAGUGACUGGGAAUAUUGACGUGUCCCACCCACAAGGUCAGCUAGAGCUGGAGUAGGAGCAUCUUGAAGGUUGAGAAAUCAGAAGUCACGAUCCAGUACUUUCUCGUCUCAUCUCUCGUCUCUCAGCCUCCUCUGGUUGCGCCUUCCUGGUGGCGGUGGGAGCGGCAGCCUUGUCUCCUCCCCUCCUGCCGUCUCCUCAUCUCGCCGAGGUUCCCUGUCCGCCUCAUGUUUUGUCCUCCGCCCAUCUCUUUCCGAAUCUGUUACCAAAAUCCAAAAUCCUUUCCGACACUCUCCUUUUGCUCUCCUCAGACACUCGUUUCUUUCUACGUGGGGCCGAUCUCAAAAGCGCUCGCGGCUUGGCCAUUAAGGCUCUGGUCCAUUGGAUUAAUUGCUGAUCACCUGUCAACUCAGCGAUCUCGGCUCGGCUCCAAUUCCCAGCUUGCGCCUCCACGUUGUACCGCAUUCGUUCUCUUGGAAUAGACUCAAAUCAUGGCUCUGAACGCUCCCGAUAGCGUAGGUCUUCCCUCCUUCCCUCCUAUCCUCCAUACUACCACACACGAUCAUGACUCCAACCUCGAGGCGAGGUCCAGUAUCAUCUAGUCAGAGUGAUUAUCAGGCACAACUACUGACCUUGAUAUACCUAGGUUCGGGUUGCCAUCAAAAGCAUCCACUACGCGUAUUCUGCUGUAGUCUUCUUAUACUUCCUUUUGGCUCUGACCAUCACCGUCUGCACCUUGCAGACUCAACGACUUCGGAUCCGUGACGAGCAAGUUCGCCGUAAUGUUUUAUUGGGCUUGAUAUUCGUGGUUGCUGGCACAUACGUACGCGAUUUCACAUUGUCAAUUCACCCCUCAGUUCUUUACUGAUAAACCGGUAGCUUUCUGAAUCAAUCGAUGUGCUGAGUCAUGUUAUUGCAGCCUCUUCCCAAUGGUAUCCUGGGCAAGAUAGAGUAGUAAGUGACUCUCGUAUUUUGGAAAUAAUUUAUGAGUUACUUAUGUAUUGAUCCUGGCAGGUUUACCUCAUAGCUUCGACAAUCGCUUUCGGAAUUCAAGCUCUGGCUCUGACGGACGCAAAAUUCCCUGUUUGGUACCCUUACUACGGAACCUGGUUUAUUGGGGUUACUGUUGAACUAACCUUGGUCAUCCUCCCGAACGUCUACCAACCCCCCGCAUCAAUCUUUGACUACUCCAUCAUCUUCAUAAAAGGUGCCAGAAUUGCAACGUUUAUAGCCCUGAUCGUACUAUAUUUCACCUUGCGAAACGACCCCAAAGAAUACGAUAAUGCUGAUGCAGAAAGACAAUCCCUGUUGAGAAAGAAGCUUGCUCCCAAACCAUCGAGCUCUGAAGAUUCUACAAACGGAUAUGGCACCACUACUGCCCAGGAAUCUGACGGCGAGGAGGACGACGAUGACACAUCAAAAGAUUCAUGGCUUAAGCAACAAAAGGAGGCUCAGGAGCUGAUUCAGAAACGCUUGAAGCAAGAUGGUGACUGGUUCACCUACGCUAAAGGGUUUGCCGUGAGUUGUUCCAAGCGAUCGAGUUUUCCCAUGCUAAUCUGCUUGUAAGGUCUUCUUUCCAUAUGUCGUUCCAAUGCAUGACCGACAUCUUCAGUUCAGGGGAUUUCUUGUGAUACUAUGCUUGUUGGCCACCAAUGCUUUGAAUGUCCUCAUACCCAAUCAAUUAGGCGUGAUGAUUGACAGUCUCACCAAAUACGUUGGAGGCGGUAGGUAGUCCAGUUGUCCAGCUCCUAUUUUGGCAUUCUACUAACUACCAUAGAACCGGACCAUAACAUUUGGCUUCCCGUGGCAGUUUAUGCUGUCUACCGUUUCAUCAACAGCAGCGCAUGCAUCGGUUGGCUUCAAAAGUGGCUCUGGAUGCCAGUUGAGCAGUAUUCAUAUGACGCACUUAGUACAGCUUCGCAUGCCCAUAUCAUGACCCUCUCAUCGGAUUUUCAUGAUAGCAAAUCAAGCUCUGACCUGAUCCAGGCUCUCAACGGUGGUAGAUCGGUUGCCGAUCUCUUAGAAAGCAUUUGUUUCAGCGUCAUACCCAUGUUCAUCGAUCUUGCAAUUGCCUUUGGGUAUCUCUGGUCUAUGUAUGGCCCAUACAUGGGUUUAAUGAUGGCAUCAACGGCAAGUACUUACCUAUACGUUACGACAAAGCUGGUAAGUAUGCGGGCAGGCAAGCGUCGAAAGUAUAUCGCCGUCGUGCGUAAAGAAUGGCAAGUUGGAUAUGACUCUAUGGAUGGAUGGGUUACUGCUAGUGUAAGUUCACAUUAUGGUCCAACUGGAAUACAAAUUGAAUCUGUUUUAGAUGUUCAAUAUGCUUCCGUACGAAAAGGAGAAAUAUGGGUCUGGUAGGUGAUCUGAGGAGUUCUAACCUAGUUUGAAAGCCACUUGCUAACAGUGAAAAGCUGUUCGAGAUCACCUGAAAGCCAAAUACACCUAUGAGAUGUCCUCACAGUCAAUCAGUGCUGCUCAAGGUCUUGUCAUGACCGUAGGUCUCCUGGGAGCUCUCUGGCUUGGCGCUUAUCAAGUUGCUUUCGAGGGGCAGUCGGUUGGGAAAUUCACAACAUUGCUUGUGUACUGGGCACAGCUUGCAAGUACGUCAUUAUCAAGAUCCUGGAGUUUUCGUUCAUGCUGACUUCAGGGAGAUCCUCUGGUUUUCUUUAGCACGAUGUUCAAGACAAUAUCAUAUAGUUUAAUGGAUGCGGAACGCUUACUCGAACUAUUCCAAACAAAGCCUUCGAUUUCAGAUUUGCCAAGUUCCAAGCAGUUGAAGCUAGAUAAAGGUUUGGUCAAAUUUGAUCGCGUCGAAUUUGCUUACGAUGACCGAAAACCAACACUAAAGAAUGUCAGCUUUACUGUUCCCCCUGGAAAAACUGUAGCCCUGGUCGGUCAAACAGGCGGUGGAAAGUCAACCAUCCUAAAAUUGAUUGAUCGAUUCUAUGAUGUCAAAGCUGGAAGCAUAUCUAUCGAUGGCCAAGAUAUUCGUGAUGUCACUCUAAGCAGGUAUGCAUCCCUAGAUCGAUUGAUUUCUUGAUUCAGCUGACUCUUUUAAGUCUCCGAGAAAAUAUUGGAGUUGUCCCGCAAAAUCCCACGCUCUUUGGGGACUCGAUAAUGAACAACGUACGCUAUGCCCGUCUUUCUGCUACUGAUGAGGAGGUCUAUGAGGCUUGCAAAGCUGCCGCUAUUCAUGAUAAGAUUAUGUCUUUUCCGGAUGGCUACCAAUCUUUUGUCGGGCAUCAGGGAGUGUAAGUACUCGUCUAUAUUAUUUGGAUAGAUUGCUGACGUGAAGCGAAGAAAAUUGUCUGGUGGCGAGAAGCAACGUCUUGCAAUAGCUCGUGCUAUCCUCAAGCAACCGGAAAUCAUUCUUUUGGACGAAGCUACCAGUGCUGUUGAUACUGAAACAGAGCAUCUUAUCCAAGAAGGGUUUAGAACUCUAUGCCGUGGCCGAACCACUUUCAUCGUAGCGUAAGUCUUGAAUUGCUGUUCUGUUUAGAUGAAGGCACUAAUACUAUCAGACAUCGUCUUUCAACAAUCAUGAAGGCAGAUCACAUUCUUGUUGUAAUGAAUGGCGAAAUCGUUGAAGAGGGUACACAUCAAGGUUUGAUUCAAUCCCGGGGGAAGUAUCAUGAGUUGUGGUCAAAACAGAUAUUUGUCAAACCUUCUAGCGAGCGGUCCCGAUCUCGGAGCCCCGAGAAGAAAGAUAUCAACAUGAUCAACGAUCUCAGCCCAGACAAACAAAAGGCAGAAAUGCUCAAGGCAAAGGCAGCUCCGGAAUCCAACGCGUCUGCUACCGAUAAGAACAAGAAAGAUGAUGUGAAGAAAGGCGAAGUUGGACAUCAGCGAGAGGUAAGCACAGCAGAAAUCUAAUCCCUUGGGAUGUCCACCGCAACGGUCGCAUAGUUGCUUCCAGUAUAUUGUUGCCAAAGAAUUAUGGACCAAAUUCAAAUAGACUCAGUCGAAGUUUUCAUCAAAUUACACAAUUAGCAGCCGCUCCAUUCUUGUUGAUCCACAUGUCAUUUUCACGCUGUUCUUGAAGGCUGGGUGUAUAUAUAUCCAAAGUCCUCUAACACACACAGGGCUCCAAAUUGAAACCUGACGCGCCUGAGUUUGUCCCGCUUCGCUCUAAAGCUGAAUCGGAAGCGCUCUCGCCUUUAAAGCCAACAACAUCCAAGGAGGCUAUAAAAGCUCAAAAGAAAGUUGAAAAGGAGGAGAAAAAAGCCGCAAGCUUGAGCAAGAAGACUGCAAAAAAGGCUAGGUUUGAAAAUACAGGUAUAUCUUGACGUAUUGUUAUACGUUGAUUGACUCUAAUGAAUUCCAGAUGGCACCAAAGAAGUUGAAAGUUCUGAAUCUGUUCCUUCUCAUGAAAUAUCCACCGAAGCAGAAUCCACGACCGACAAGCCAAAAUCGAAACGGUCCAGAAUCGCCAGGAGGCACGUGGCAAAGAGCGAACCAGCUAGUAAACUCCAGGAUUCCGUCGACGGUGGUCAGGAUUCGGACAUAACAGUAGUCAGUUCUGGAGAAGGUCAACCCCUCUUACAGGGUCCUCCAUCUGUAAGCAUACUUGCGUAUAUGUGCAGUCCUUUUGACUGAUACAUUUAUAGCAACGACGUCGUGUCUCGGCCCCCAGUGAUCCCCCUACAGGUUCUCAAGAUUCCAAGACUGGCCGUAGCCGCAGAACUCGGCAUUGGCGCCUGAGAAACCGUGCUGCUGAAAAUUCAGCAUCUGGAGCAGGAUCAGGGGUCGGCAGUUCCUAUGAGACGUCCGGUGAUGAUGCCAAUUGUCUGCCUGCACCCGUCACAUCGCCUGCUGGAGGAGUUGUUGCUACAAAUUCUAAUUCAGUCCGUUUUGCUGCCGGCUCGUAGGCUUCUGGUUCUAUACUAAUUUUCUUGCUGUAAGUCACUGUAGCGUUUUCAAUUACCAUCAGAUAACUGAAACUUUACCAGAUCAACUUCGCGUAUUUCAUGAAUUACCAAUAUCACGGCUGGCUGUUUGAACACGACAAACUGAUAUCCACCAUCAUCGUUUACGGCUUCAUGUCCAGGCCUUGCAUCUAAUUACAGUAAUCAAUGCUUCUAUAAUAACUUUUUCUUUCCCUCCUCUUACAGCGGCCUUCGAAAUGCAAAAUCGAUAUUAUUUGGAUCACCGAAUGUUAGAUAAUUACUACUAGAGUUGUUGGGAUUGGGUGGUUUUCAAUUUGUGGUAUGCGCCGUUGCAUUAUCUCUUCUUUCUUUUUGCAUUUCUAGAUGUGUUGACGGAGCGAGCGAUUAUCAACCCUCACUUGAGAUUGUGACACAUUUAUUCUGGUUUGGCAUUCUGGGUUGGCUUUGUGGCUCUAGCAGAAAAGUCGAGGGUGGGAUUUUAUUACGUUUCUUUUCUGUAUUGUCGAAUGGGUACGAAGGAAGUGAAAAUCCAAGGUCGGAGUCUCUUACUAGCUUGUAUUUGUUUGUCGGCAGUGCUAGAAUUGAUUUUCUCGUGGUAGAAUUAUUGAAUUGGAAGCCUUUUAUCCCGG